AUGGACAUAAAAGAGGUUUCAAUAAUACACCAUGUGGGGAUUGUGUUAUCUGUGCUUUGGUUGCUUUCUCACUUCAAUUGCUGCCACCCAGUUGCCUACUUCGCCUCUCUGAUUUAUCUCUACCUGGUUCACGAGGAGUAUGUUAUGAGAUUGCGGAAGAAACUACAAUUUGAGGAACGGAAACAGGCUAAUCAGAAACGGGUACUUUCUGAUUCUGAAACACUGCGGUGGUUGAACCACGCAAUUGAAAAGAUAUGGCCUAUAUGUAUGGAACAGAUUGCUUCACAGAAGAUUCUUCUCCCCAUCAUACCUUGGUUUUUGGAGAAGUACAAACCAUGGACUGCCAAGCAAGCAGUAGUUCAGCACCUUUACUUGGGAAGAAAUGCACCAAUGCUCACAGACAUGAGAGUGGUUCGCCAGUCUGCUGAUGAUGACCACCUGGUUCUGGAGUUGGGAUUGAAUUUUCUGACAGCUGAUGAUAUGAUUGCAAUACUUGCUGUGAAGUUGAGGAAAAGACUGGGUUUUGGGAUGUGGGCAAAGUUGCAUAUUACAGGCAUGCAUAUUGAAGGGAAGGUCUUGAUUGGAGUGAAGUUUCUUCGCAGGUGGCCUUUCCUUGGCCGUGUACGGUUAUGCUUUGUUGAGCCUCCAUAUUUUCAAAUGACUGUGAAGCCUAUUUUUACUCAUGGCCUUGAUGUUACAGUACUCCCAGGGAUUGCUGGAUGGCUGGAGAAGCUUCUUUCCAUUGCCUUUGAGCAGACACUUGUUGAGCCUAAUAUGCUGGUUGUUGACAUGGAGAAAUUCGUUUCACCGAAGUCAGAAAGUUGGUUCUCUGUGAAUGAGAAGGAGCCUCUUGCUCACGCCAAAGUAGAGGUUAUUGAAGCAUCUGAUAUGAAAGCUUCUGAUCUAAAUGGAUUCUCUGACCCAUAUGUGAAGGGUCAAUUAGGCCUUUAUCGGACUAACUUACCUCUUAUUCUGUAUCCAGUGAAAUGCUUCAUUAACAUUGCUGAUCUUAGGGAUGGGCCAGAGACAUGGACAUGUGGUUGCCUCUUGAGAACAUUAAACAGGGAGGCUACAUCUUGCAGCAAUGCUUUCCACAGAUGCUCAAGUGUGCAUUCAAGAGUUGACUUGAGCCACUUACAUAUUCAGGGGGAUGAUCAUCCAGUUGUCCAGGAAAAGGUAGAUGUGGAAGAUAAAAGAAAUUCCUUUGCCAGUGAUGCUAAUAAGAGUAGCUUCUCAUCUGCAUCAUCAGAGAAGUCCCAUAGGGUGGCAGACAAUUUGAGCCAAUUGAUGUUGAAGGCCAAAAAGAGACUGGUAUAUGGGUCCAUCACCCAGGAAGUGAAGUUUCACAAACUUGGGGAGAGUAGAAAAGGAAAGAGCCGACUCCUUGGUAACGAGAUUCAAAAUAAUGCCGGCAGCUAUAAUUCAGUCAUAUCUGCAACCCAAAAUAAUGAUGACAGUGGCACAGAUAGAAAUCCUGGGGAGAAACGGCGAAUGAAAUCAGUUUGCAAGGGUCUAAAUAGGAUCUGUUCAGUGUUCCACAGGAAUUCCAAAAAGGACUUAAGUUCAGAUAGCUUUAAAGAGUCUGUUCGUUCUGCACAUAUUAAUCUUAGGGCAGUUCAUAAGAAGGAGAUUGGGGUAAAAUUUAUUGUGGAAGACGACCUUUCUGGACCUCUUUCUAGUAAGCAUGGUGAAAAAUCUACUCGGAACAUAAAGCAUUCUACAGGGAAAGAUUCUGGAAAGUCUCUAACUGGUUCUUCUGCAGUCAAGGAAGGAAAAAUUUUAGAAGAUUUUAACUCUUCUGAUGAUGAUCCUCUUCCCAAACAAAUUGUUCUAAGAGAAACUGCAGUAGAUGCUGAAGGCCAAAAGAGGAAGGUUGUAUUGAAAUCUUUCUGA